AGAAACGAGAUCAUAUUUACUUCUUUAACCUCUCUCUGCUCACCUGCAGGGGGGUGUGUCUAAUCUGGACUAAGCUACACUGUCUCCUCUUCCACAGAGCAAACCGUCCAAUCAGAGGCCCGAUGAGACAAGAGCGGGUUAAUCCACCGCACAGAGCGCCGAGCAGCACGCGUGCUCUGGACAGAUGAACGAGUCAGGGUGAAACAGUGUGAGCGGCAGUAUGAUGGUGAUCAACAAGUCUGAAGAAGACAUGAGCAACUGCAGCAUCAACCAUGGGAUCCACCAGCACGUGUUCUCCUGCGUCUAUAUCCUGGUGCUCAUGGUUGGUGUUCCUGCCAACGUGUACUCGCUAUACCACGCUGCCCUUCAGCUGAAGCAGAGGAACGAGCUGGGCGUUUACCUGAUGAACCUCACUGUGUCUGACCUACUAUACCUGGCGUCUCUGCCUUUCUGGCUCCAGUACUUCUUUCAGGACGAUGAUUGGCGUCACCGAGAAUGGCUGUGUCAGAUGUGUGGUUUCCUGCUCUACGAGAACAUCUACAUCAGUAUCGGCUUUCUGUGCUGCAUCAGUCUGGAUCGCUAUCUGGCUGUGGUCCAUCCUUUGAGGUUCACGGCUCUGCGCUCCAUGAAAGCAGCGUCCGUCAUCAGCGCCAUCAUCUGGCUGAAGGAGAUCGCGGUGGGCGUGUUUUUCUUUCACCAUAAGGAGCUCAGCAAAGAUCCCAGUAACCACUCGCUGUGCUUCGAGCACUACCCCAUGAAGUCGUGGGAACGUCCAAUCAACUACUACCGCAUCAGCAUCGGCUUCAUGUUCCCGCUGGCCAUUCUGUUGAUUAGCUACCUGUGGGUCCUGCGAGCAGUGGGCCGGAGCGCGGGAACGCAGCCGGAUCAGAAGAUGAGGAUCAGGCAGUUAGUCAGCAGCACCAUCCUCAUCUUCCUCGUCUGCUUCUCGCCCUACCACGUCUUCCUGCUGGUGCGCACGCUGCUGGAGGAGGAAUGCAGCUUCAUCGAAGCCAUAUUUAACUACUACCACCUGUCCCUGCUGCUGACCACCCUGAACUGCGUGGCCGACCCAGUCCUCUACUGUUUCGUCAGCGAAAGCGCCCGCCGCGGCCUCUACAGAGUUGUCUUCAGACCUGUCGCCAGGAUACUCUGCUGCUGCCGUCGCCGUGGCAAUGCCAGUCCCGCCAGUCCGGCUAACGACUCCCACGAGGUUGCCACGGACGAGAACAAUGGCCAGCCGAACGUGACGCUGCUCACGCACAGCAAUACGCUGAACAACGGCCAAAUGGACGCCGCCUGCAGAAACACGAGUUUAAUCACACGGAUGCACGAAGAAAGCGUCAAAGCACGAGUCACAGAGAAUAACACCUUGGAAAUGUGUGUGACAGAGAAGCAGAAACAAAACCCCGACAGGACGGAGGGACGUGGGCAGAAAUGAAAUGAUCAGCACGCCUCUGGGUACCAAUGACCCGCCUGCACGAUGAGGGCGGGCUGUACUCCGUGGGGGCGUGUCUGUGCUGAUGCAACAGCCCAGCCUGAGGGAGGUCAGGGUGGAUCUGAGGUCUGCAGACUGAAAGCCCCCGUUACCCCUCUGUGGCGUCUGACACGGCGCAACAUGGCUGACAAAACGCACACGAGGAGUUCUGAAAUACUGCAGAGUGUCACGGCAUCACGUCUAAUAAGACUUCAUCAUGUUAGACACACAUUCGCGUCUAAUAACUCGCCUGAAAGGCUCCGUGUGGCAGCGAUGAGGUUCCUGUCAAACAGGAAGCAGACGUGGAAGAAAUAAACCGAACGCUUUCACCGCAGCGCCGGAACAAACAACAGGACUUCCUGCACUUUGAUUUAAAGAACCACACGUAACAUGAAGGGACGCAGGAAGACCCGACAGAACAUUAGAAACGGUUAUUGAUCAGUGAUCAGAUUUGACCCAUCGAUUGGCUCCAGGACGAUUUUGACUUAUCGAAGCAAAUUCUUUAAAACAAGUUGAGACUUUGUGACCCCUAACCUUUGGUGACCUGUUAGAAAGUGUUUCUCGAGUUCUUGUUAUCCUAAUAAAACGUAGUUUAUUAUGACGCUGAGUCACACCGAUGUUCCUCGCUGUCAGAUAAAGUGCAGAGGAUUCAGAUUCAGGACAAAUCUGUCUCUACUUGAAGCAGAGCUGAUAACAAACCUCAUCGUUGGCAUCAGUAGACUUCAGUUAUUGAUAAUGUGAACCUCACAGAUUCCUUCAUGUUUAAAGGCAGCAGGGUUUAUGUUAGCAUGAGGAGCUUCAGACGAUGCAGCGCCUGUCCGCGGUGCUUCUCUGAAACAACAGCUGUUUGCAUGUCGAUCCACGUGCUGCACGACCUGACACAGUCUGCCGACCAAACUAUGACAUCGCAUUGCACUGAUCACGGGUCAGUAUUAGAAACAUGUAGGACCAACAUGGCUGCACCCACCUUAUUGACAAUGAAAGGUCAGGGGGCGGGAUUUGGGACGAGGUCCACGAGAAGGUGACCGUGAGCGGGCGAUUAGCCAAAUUUCAGUCAGGUAACUUUUAUUCUGGAAGCGUUUGGCCGACGUGCGGCAGUCAGACCGCCUCCCAUCUGUGAAAAACACGACUCACAGUGUUCUCUUCAUUUUACUUUUAAAAAGAAAACUGUUAGUUUACACACACACAGACGCACACACACCGGUCACAGCAUGUCUUCAUAGUCUCCCUUUGAGCCCAUUUCAGCACUUUAACGCUGAGGAAAGAGACUCACUCUGGGGUCUGGAUGUUGCUCUCUGCAUGCAUGGAAAUGCCUCCAAGUCUGAAUACGUACAUAGUAAGAAUCUGUGUGUUGACUCUGUGUGUCUAUAGAUCUGUGUGCUGUAACCUGCACGUAACAUGAAAGUGACAGAAUAUUUUUAUAAAGCUUUAAACUGAGCACUAAACAGAAACGGUGUGUGUCUGUGUGUGUGCGUGUGUCUGUGUGUGUGCGUGUGUGUGUGUGUGUGUGCGUGUGUGUGUGUGUGUGUGUGUGUGUGUGUGUCUGUGUGUGUGUGUGUUUUCAGGCCUGUGGUGAGUGAUGCAGCUUCCUGACUCUGAGCAGAUAUGGAAACGAUGUAAACAUUAACUUGUUACACUGUUUAAUAUAUGAACACAUCUCAGUGAAAUGUUUCACCUCACAAUAAAUAACCAAUC